AUGUCCAAGGGUUUUAGCUAUAGAAUACCCACUCUUCGCCGAUUUGAAGAUGUACUUACGGACGUGUCUUCUGCACUUGAUGACUUCAUUCGCAAGAACAGUCGCGCUCAUCGACUUACGAUUGACCGUUAUGAGGAUUUCAAAGGCGGGAUUUUAGCUGUUCUACAAUGGCGAAGUACCGCUUGUCGGGGUAGUACACCAUUUUCAUGGUCAGGGUUCAGUACCGCCUUACGCUCUUUACAUGUUUACAUGAUCAAUUCAUUAUCACCAUUGUUGACAAAGCAUCUAAUAACUACAUCUUUAUUUGUAAAAAACUUUAUGCCCAGUUAUUAUGUGAUAAACUGGGUUACACAGCUUCUGGCAGGAAUACUGGCAAUACCGUUUACAGUCCGACGGUACAAAGCACUGAGAAUCUCAUCAACAUUCACAAGGCGCUAUUAA